AGCAGUUGUACAUCGGGGCGGCAACACUAACUUUCAGUUUCAGGCAGUCAGUGUGUGUCAUGACCCGAGCGAGUGAGGAUCUGUUACGCGAAAGUCUGGGAUAAUUCUACCAUUCUCGCUCCGUUAUGGAAUAAAUUCCUCCGUCCGAUAUUUUAUCUGUAGAGUGUAGUGCUGCGACGCGAUUAAGAUAAACCUUCCGAAGUGACGUCCCCAGGACAAUUAUGCCAGAAAUUACUUGAUUUUUUGUACGAGAAAAGGGAGUUGAAGCGUUAAGAGAAGUAUAGUAGUAGCAGCCCGAAGGUGGCCUUGGUAGGGCGAGGGAGGGAAGAAGAUGGCCGCCGACAAGGCACUGCUCAUUUGGCUCUUCCUCUGCGGGUUUGUGUUGCAGCUAGCCCUAUGCAGCAGAUGUCCCGACAUGUGUGAUUGUUUGGGAGGCAUUGUCGACUGUUCUAAGGCAAGCUUGACGGAGGUGCCCCCCGAUCUGCCGCAGUGGGUCGAAAAAUUGGAUUUGAGCAAGAACAAACGACUGAAGUUAACCGAAAAUGCCUUGAAUAACCUGCCGAAACUUUCUACGUUAUACCUCCAGGACCUGGGAUUGGAGAGUCUUCCAGCUCUUGGUUCGUUGCCUUCAUUACGAACACUCUACUUGGGUGGGAAUCGCUUCAGGAAGACGGAUACCUUGGACCUGUCGGGGAUGCCUCGUCUCAGAGAACUGGAUCUCUCCAGAAAUCGCCUCGUGACCGUCACGCCCCGUGCUUUCACCAACGUCACUCUCUUUAGGCUGAAUCUGAGCAAGAACAAGAUCGACCGUCUGGAUUCCCAGUCCUUCAAGACCCUCGGCUCGCUGGCCGAGCUGAGAAUGUCACGGAAUCUGCUCAACGCCACGACGUUCAACCGUUCAGCGCCCUUCUUCACCAACCUCACUAAUCUCAUAUCGCUGGAUUUGAAUGGGAACAAAAUCACGGUUCUUCCCGGGUUGAUGUUCGAACAUCUUAAAAGACUGAAGACGCUGAAAUUACGGCGAAACCAGAUAGUGAGCUUCAGCGACGGUGCUUUCUAUGGUCUGGACGAAUUGUCGACGCUGCAACUGGACCAUAAUAAUAUAACCACUGUACGGAAGGGAUGGGUUUUUGGCCUUGGUUCCCUACAGCACUUGUCCAUUAGCUACAACCAAAUUGACUCCAUUCGACCUGAUGCAUGGGAGCCCACAGAAAAGUUGCAGACACUAGACUUGAGUCACAACCGACUUGUUUCUUUGAGAGAGGGCACUUUUCGAAACCUUCGAGAAUUGGAGAAGUUGAGCUUGUCCAAUAACUACCUGGCUCACAUUGAGCGCAAUACCUUUGCGCUGACACCAAAUCUCAAAUCCCUAGACCUUUCAAGCAAUCAGCUUAGAUGGAGUAUAGAAGAUGAUAGUGGCGCAUUUGGUACUCUAAGCAAAUUGCAAGAAUUAUCUUUGGCUUAUAAUGGCAUAGAAACUGUACAUGUAGAAACUUUUGCACCUUUAGAAUCCCUCACUUCAUUAGACUUGCGUGGCAAUCAGCUACGCAUGAUACCACUAAAUCCAUUUUCUCGGUUGAAGAGACUGUCUACCAUCCAUAUGAAUACGUCCAAUCUUGUGUGUGACUGUGAAUUAUCCUGGUUCCCUGGAUGGAUAUCAGGCGUCAAUUUCAAUUCUUCGACAUUAAGAGCCUUUUGUAGUUAUCCACCGAGGUUGAAGGAUCGCCCUGUAGCUUUCCUUUCAAGUUCUGAAUUCAGCUGUGAGUCAUCACCUCGUCCAAUAAUAAGCCAGUUUCCCAAAGACUUUAUAGCCCUUAGAGGUGAUAAUGUAACACUUGCAUGUGUUGCUCAGGCCAGUACAGAGGGUGAUCAACCCAGGUUCUUUUGGCGAAAAGAUAAUGAAUUACUUGUCAACUUUGAUAUUGAAACUAGAGUAAGUGUCAUAGGAGGAGAUGGCAAAGGAGGGGCAAUUCACAAUGUGACAUCUUUGCUCAAGCUCCCAAAUGUAACUGAUGAAGACAGUGGAAACUAUCAGUGUGUAGCUCGGAACCAUUUCGGUGCCAGCUAUUCUCAGAGAGCGAAAGUUCAGGUACAUGUCUUUCCAUAUUUCACCAAAAAGCCAGCAAGUGUAGCUGUACCAGUUGGUGGAGUAGCAAAAUUAGAUUGUGCAGUUGCAGGUUCUCCAGCACCUAAUAUGUCUCUGCUAAAAGAUGGCGGGGAUGAUUUUCCAGCUGCACGUGAAAGACGUCUUCAUGCCUACCCAAAUGAGAAUACCUAUUUCAUCAAACCAGUAGAACCUCAUGACCAGGGCCAGUAUACAUGCAAAGCCACAAAUGAGGCAGGUACUGCUACGGCAAAUGCUUCUAUAAUAGUGCGACAAACACCAAAAUUCACCAAACCAUUGCAGGAUCGUGCUGCAAGAGUUGGAGAAAGCAUUGUCUUGGAAUGUCAGGGCACUGGACAACCAACUCCAAAACUGAGUUGGAUCAAGAAUGGAGUUCCGCUUCAAGAAGGAGAUCGAUAUGUCCUGGUUCAGGAGAGUCAGUACUUGCUUAUCUUGGAUAUCCAAGUUGAUGAUGCAGGAACUUACAUUUGUGAACUAACAAAUAUACUGGGAACUAUAAGAGGUCCAGUGAAGCUCUCUGUUAAAAAAGAGGUUACCACCACCUCAACAACAACUGGUAUAGUGAUGAUGGCUGUAGUUUGCUGCGUUGUAAUUACAUCUUUGGUUUGGGUUGUCAUAAUAUACCAAACAAGGAAACGUUCCCAGUCAGCAACUCUUGGGCCACCUGGUGGGUUUCCAGAAGAUGGUGUUGGCAGAUAUCCAUCGCAUCUUCCACCCCACCAUCACCUGCCACCAGAUCUUGUCCAUACAUUCACUCCUUUGCUUGCAAACCCUCCAGAAGCAUAUACCACGACUGCACAAGAUAGUGGAUCAGAACAUUCAAGUGGAAAAGACUCUGGAACUGGUGAUUCUGCACAGCGAUCAAGUGAAGAUCUCCUUCCCAUUGACCUUAUGAGAUCUGGUUUACGUAGAUCAUUAAUUAUAUGUGCAGAUUCAAAUUCAGCCUCAACUCUGAGAGGAAUGAGUACUGUAAAUGUUGGUCCACAUGGGGAGAUUCUUGGAUGUGAGGAUCCUAUAGGAAGGCCCAGACUGUCCACAUUUUCGUCUCAACAUAUGGCUCCAGGCGGAUAUAACUCAGGUCUGUUUACUGCAACAUUAAGGUGUGGUUCAAACUCUCGCCUUGUUCCUGUUCCUACACCGGUGACACCAGCAGCUACAUUACCUCGCAGUCGCCCAUUACUUAAUCGUGAUGGGUCUCAUCGAAAAUCAACAAUGAAUUCAUAUGAAAAUUCUGGGGAAUAUUACCCUCAGAAAAUACAGUUACCUAAUGAGAGUGAUAAUAAUGCUGGUCAUAGUGAAAGAUAUGAUGGGCAUUUAGAGCAUUGUCAGGAUGAGUUUUAUGGCUCAAAUAGAAGAAAUAGUGAAAGACACAAUGCAAGAAAUUCUGUAAGUAGUACAUGUGACAAUCAAAGUGAAUUAGAUGUAAGGACCGAAAAUGCAGAAAUAGCACCAAAAAAUAUCAUUCCUGCCAAAAAUACUUUGGAAUCCAGAUAAUGAAGGGUGGCAGCUAUAGUGCAUAAAGGAACAGUUACUUUCCUUCUCACCACAGGUGGUCAUGACAGGUGGGGCAUAAAUAAAUGACACUGUACCAAAGUUUGGAUUUUUACCAGUAUUAUUCUGAACAAUAUGUUCUAUAUGGGAGUGAAUUUUUUUUUUGCUCUUAACUCAGUUUAUUUAAAUAUGAAUAUUUAUUUUUAUUUCAAGAGUUAUUUUAUUUAUAUGCCUCCCCAAGUUAUGUAUCCUACUUAUUCCACGCAUUCCAUAUAAAUAGUUUGAUUUGCAAAUGUUAUUUUUAAGGGAGCAUUCAGUGAUUGUAAAAAGUAAACACAUUAUCCUUUGAAUAUAUUGCUAUUAAAAUGGAAUUAUAACAAGGUGUGGUGGGAAGGAAUAACCUUGUGCAUUUUGUACCUGUCUGGUGCCAUAGUUGUUCCAGUGCUGCCAGGGUUAAGUUGUACAAAGUUCGUCACUGAUAAGUUCAGUGGUAUGAUGUCUACAACUGCAGAUGCUCAUUCUCAUCUAGUAACUAAAUCUUAGACAUUGCAAGCAGUAAAGCUUUAAAUGAUUUAUUUAUGUCCAAGGCAUAAUAUGUUGACAAUGAUAUUGUCAUGGUUCAACAAUCCAUCCAAUCAGUGUCUGAAUUAAACCAGCAUCCAUCUUAGUGCCUGGAUUAAAGCAGGAUCCAUGUAUGUAGUGCCUAAAUUAAAGCAGCAGUUCCAUUUAAAUAGUGUUUAGAUUAAAGCAGAAUCUGUCUAGUUAGUGUCUGGAUGAAGUUUUUGUUAUGUUUUAGUAGUUCCAGGACUACACCUGGAUUAAUGUAAUAUCCACCAAAAUUUUGGGGAUUUGAAAGCUGCCAGGCAGUUCAGGAGUUUUAUUUUUGUUAAGUCAGGAAUUUUUAAUGUUCAUAGUAAAGUAAAAGAGACAGUAUUAUUGUGGACUUGAAUUUGAAAAAAAAAAAAAUGAAACAACUACCAGAAUAUAUUUUGCCUUGUUAUGAGGCUUAUUGUAGAUGCUAAUUAUUAUGUGCUCUGUGAGCAUGUUAUUGUAUACUGUAUAUGUGCCAUUUUAAAUGCUGUAGUAUGGCUUGAUUUGUAUAGGAAGUUGGCUACUGUAUUAUGUAUAUACUGUACUGUUUUCUCAGUGAUAGGUACUAUUAGAGCCAUGGAACUUAUUUUUCUUUGGUAUUAGUGCAGCUUACACACACUGUGUGCAUAUAUAAACUGUAUAUACAUCAUAUAAAAUCUGUUAUUUACUAGAGCACUUUCUAUGGUGUUUCAAGUAAGUAUAAAAGGUAAAUUUGUAUGUCUUUAAAAUAUUCUGCUUGGUAGAAAAUGUCCAAUGCUCCUUACUAUAGGGGCAGAAAGUAAAGUUUAAAAAAAUGAGAAAAUGCUACUAAAGGUUUUCAUGAGAAUAUGAAAGUGAAAAAUGUUGUCAGUAAUACUUAAGUAACAACAUGGGUAGCAUUCUUAUUCAUCAAUACCUGAUAACAUUGUGUUGACCUGCAGCUACAUGUUCAACCAUACCAAAAAUUACCACUAAUGUUUACAAAAAUGUGCUGUAAGGUGAAUCAGUUGUCCUUUUAUGAAUGUGAAGCCUGUCAAGAGGGGCCUGGUUAUUUAGGUAAACCAUCCAAUGCAAUGCUGUUAUAAUGAAGACCUGUAGAAUACUAUUUAUUACCUUCUGUUUAGUUUUCAAAUGCCAGAAUAGCAUAAGAAUUAAACCAGUGUCUCUCCAGAUAUGGCCAGUAUUGAUGCAUUCACAUUAUUGUCCCUAGGUAUAACUUAUUUUCAUUAUAAAUAGUGUUCUAAUAGCCAUUGACAUGUGUUGUGAAGUAGAUUAUACAACAAUACUGUAUGCAAACACCAUGCACUUUUACGCAUUAAGCUGUAUUACACAGGCAUUUACUGUAUUACAAAUGGAAAAUUUGUUUUUAAACCAUACAAAACUAGUCAAUUUUUAGACAUGCUUAGUUAUUAUGUCACAACCUUUAUUUUUUUUUAUAAAGUUAAAUUAGAUUGAUGUGAAUGCAUGUUGUAGCAUGAAAGAAUAGGAUAUACUACUGUGGGAACUGUAGCUACACAAAAUGUGUGCAUACACUAGGUAUGAAUUAAAAUUUUGUGUGUAAUUUGUGCAUCGUUUGUAAACCCAAAUCCAGGUAAACUUAAGAUCUUUUCUUCUUGGCUUGUGGAAUUUCAUUAAAAUUUGGAAUUGGCAAGAUGCAUUAUUGCCAGUUUACUGUUACUAAUUAAAUGCCUGUUCUGAAAAAAAAAAAACUUUAACAAGCAGUCAACAAUGUAAUAUAUUAAAAGGAAAAAGGUACCAUUAACUAUUUCUCAAGAUGAAAAGAUACUUAUCAAAAGCAUGAUCAAUAAAUUUAUUGACUUCUUUGAUGGAACAAUAUUUCAUCUUAAGUCCUAGAAACUUCCAGUAGGAUGCAAUAUGGUGGAUAUGGGUUAGUGAAGUACAACACACUGUGUAGUCAGCAAAAGUAGGUUGGAUUUAUGGAACCAUUGCCAAACCAGUCUCCAAAUUAUAAACUGCAAAUGUUAAUUUUUUUUCUUCAUGCAUUUUAUGAAUAAUAUUAUUAUUAUUUGUCCAUUGGGUUACUUAACAGUGUAUUCAGGUUUCAGGUGUUCAGUCCAUUUGACUGUGAUACAUUCUUGUCCAAUGGUAUGCUUUUUACUUGAGAGCUUGUAACAUGCGCUUAAAAGUGGCUUCCAUAUUUAAUUUUUUACCAUAAUGCAAAUCACAUUAGCUGCUGAUUUAGAAAUGACUCGCCACCGUGCAUGUUCAUCAAAUCUUACUAAUAGGCUUUAAUCAAUGUAAGUACGAAUUGAAAAUCAAGUGUUAUCUAGCUUUAAUUUAGGAAAUUACAAAAAAGCACUUGAAAAUGGCCUUAAUUUAAAAACUAAUUAAUUAUUGGUUUUUUUCCAAGGUUUUCUUUGUAUACCUGAAAUUUUAGUGAAAGCUAAAAUUGCCUUGUAACAUGUAUACUUGGUGUUCUUUUUCAUCCCAAAAAUUACAGACCACAAUUUCCUGCGGUUCCUAAAUAUACCAACUUAAUGUUUAAGUGCAUAAUGUAGCCUAAGAAGUGCCACAGGUCUUAAAUGUUUUAAUUUUAUGAACAUAUAUGGCUUGGGAGUUCCAAAGCAUUUCAAUACUAGAAGUAAGUAGUACUGAAACAAUAGUAAAGUAUAUACAAUGCUUUGUAUGGUUGUGACAUAUUAACAUGUAACUAAUCUCUCUGUUUCCUAAAGUGCUCUUGUCUUUAGUACCUAUUUCUUUUAUUUUGUUGAUUUGUUUGUAAUUUUAUGAUCUUUGUACCACAGAUGUUUAUUUAUAACUUGUGGUUUUUACCUUUUAUCUUCCAGCAUUGUUACUUGUUUGAGAAGUUUAUUAAUUUGAGUACAUCUGCUUUUGAAAAAUACAGGAGUUUAAUGAAAAUAUUUAUUUCAAUACAAUAACUUUUGAAUCUUUGUUUCAUAACUUUAAGAUUAGUCACUAUAAUGCUCACUUGCUGUCAGGAUUUGACUUCGCUUUUAUAGUCUUAAAAUUAUUGAUAGUUGAUAAGGAGUUGAAUACGCUCAAAAUAAUUUAUCAGAAUUUUUGGCCAUUUCAGUAUACAACAGAAAGCUAUGAAUUCUGAGAAAUUACUAUUGUCCACUGCAUUGUGUAGACUAAAGUAAAAUGUGUUCAUACCCCUACGUCACAAGGAAGUUAUUAUUUUAACAGUAUUGUUUAGGGUGAGGAAGUAAAGUAUUUUCAGGUUAUUGCCCAACUCAAAUGACACUUUUUCAAGUAACUUCUUUGUAAAAGUUCAUUAUAAUAAAAUGUUUUGUUUCAUGACGCAAAUUUGUGAAAAUACUCAGAAGACAGAAAAGGUUUUUAAAAACUCCUUGGUCUGGUUUACCAAAUGUUCAAUUCAUUUUUACAGUUUCAUGUAAAAUUACACAGAUUUACAGUUAGAUAGCUCAGUAAUUGGCUUUUUCAUGCUUUGAGGGUAGCCAUUUCAGUACUAAUAUUUUUAAUUUGUCUUUUUUUUUCUUUUUUUCAUGCUUGCAAGAUAGGCCUUUCAGUACUAACUUAUUUCUUAUGAAUGACAAGAAUUAUCCGAUACAAAAAUGAUAUGCAUUUUAUGUAAAAUAUAUGUAGAUGUAUGUAUAUAUUUCUUGUUUCCAAUAUGAGUAUUGUUUUCCAUACAAGUUUUAAUAAUAAAAGUAUACCAUGGAAAAUUAAUUUAAUACAUACAUGUAAUUUAAUAUUACGUGUGAGUCAUUGAAAUAAAGUAUGCUUAAAAGUA